AGCAGUCGAUAUUCUUACGCGAACUGAUUAGCCACGAAGUUUUCUCGCGCAAGUAUAUUCAAACCGACUGUUAAAACACAUUUAAACGUGAGAAUAUAAUUAAAAAAAACAUCUUUUUAAAGAAAAAAAAUAAAACAAUAAUAAUAAUAGUAAUAAAAGAAAAAAGAAAACAAGAAAUAAAAUAAAAACACGAAAUAAAGAAAAGAGAAAUAUAAAUCGAAGAAAAGGAAAUAUAAAUCGAAGGAAAAAAGAAAUAGGUUGAUUAGCUUGAAACAUUGAUACGAUAACAAUAUUCUGAGGAGAAGUUUGCCAUAGACUAUUUCAAUAGUCGGUGAUUUAUGUCGAGAGGUUGUGACAGCAUACCUUUAACAAUCGCUGUUGUUAGUGAAGAGGUUGCAAAAGUGGCGAUAAACCAGCAUCGAUCGCGCUGACUCGUCGCAUUCUCAGCCGGGUUUUCCUGCAAGAGGUCGGGCUACGGUAAAAGACGAGGAUAGAGAACGGUAAAGGAGUAAGAAGGAGAGAGUCUGAGAGAAGAUAACCAGACAGAGUGAGGCAGAGAGAGAGAGAAAGAGAGUGUGCGCACCUACCCGUAGGAAGGAAAGUAGGGAAAACUUGGGGUGGGAGAUAGAGGGUAAUAGCGAGCAAAAGACGGGAACCAGUGGUGUACGAUUGUUGGUGGACGAUAUUAGACAGCCAGGAUAGAAGAUAUUCGAGAUAAAUACGGUUAAAUUGCUCGCGAAAUGGCGUGGGGAUAUUGGAGCGCAACGUCAGUCAGCGAUCGGGGUCGGUCACCCCGUCGUGACAAGGAUAAACAACAGCAUCAGACAUUGCAUCAGCAGCAGCAACAACAACAAUAUCAUCAAACUGAAACGGGAGUUUCACAGGGGAUGUACGGUGUACAGCAAGUACAAGGUGAGCUUGCCGAUGUCAGCUCCUCCUCUGCCGUCUCUACAGGGCCUGGUGUUAGUACCGGUGCCGCAGUGGAGGAACCACCCUGCAGUAUAAUGAUACAGGGUGGUUCCUUCUAUUCUUAUUCGGCGGCUACGGCGGCAGCUGCGGCUGCGGCUGCUGUUGGGCGUAGAAUACCUUCCGCCGUCGAAGGAGGACCUUCUACUUCUUCCACGGGUAUACAAGUUUUACCAAGGGAUCGACCGAUUAAAUCGAGUACUAGCACUUAUCCACCAUCGCCGAGCAGUGAUUCAGCCGAAUACGAGCAACCGAUCGCCGGUUUACGAACCGAAUGUUCGCCUCAUAAUAGUCCUCACGACGAUAUAUUCGCACAGCCUGGCACCUCUUCGUCCAGGAUUAAACUUUUAUGUGACAAGGGUAUCGACGAUACAUCCGAGGUUGAUAUUGAUGAAGUAACCGCGACGGAGAUGAUGUACGCGACCGCUAAUCGAGUUAUAGGGACUAGUACGUGUCGUGUUCAUGGACCGUGUAAUCCACUGCCGGAUUCUGCACCACCUAUGCCGCCUCUGAUUGAUGAUACAACCGGAUCCUCGGAAUUUUGGUUCAACGACAUCACCUGGGUUUUUCCUAACGUGCCACCUGCGCCAGGAAUGCCCUGUCAGGGAGAAGACAGAAGCAUCUACAGACGCGGCGCACGUAGAUGGAGGAAGCUGUACCGAGUGAAUGGUCAUAUAUUUCAAGCGAAACGUUUCAAUCGGCGAGCGUUUUGCGCAUUCUGCCAAGAUCGGAUUUGGGGGCUAGGUCGGCAGGGGUUCAAGUGCAUUCAGUGCAAACUUCUGGUACACAAGAAAUGUCACAAGGUGGUGCGCAAACCAUGCUUGAGUGUACAACAACAACAGCAACAACAGAUGCCAAGCACAGAAUCGCAAACGAUCGACAGGAACGGCGAUCAACAACAGCUUGAUUCUGUUCAAUGCAGCCCCGUAGCUCAUCUCGAGGAUGAGAUCUCAGAAUCGGCAAUUAUCGAGGAGCAUUCACGCAAUCGAACCGGAAGUGAAGAAAGGGAGGAAUUGCCACUGGAUACAUUAAACGAUGCAGAUAAUUCAAAUGAUAUGCAGAGGCAAUACUCGUUAAAUGAUUUCGAACUGAUUAGGGUAAUCGGUCGUGGUUCCUACGCGAAAGUUUUGAUGGUAGAGUUAAAACGUACAAAAAGGAUUUAUGCAAUGAAAGUGAUUAAAAAAGCCUUAGUAACGGACGACGAGGACAUCGAUUGGGUUCAAACGGAGAAACACGUGUUCGAAACCGCCUCGAAUCAUCCUUUCCUUGUGGGACUUCAUUCAUGCUUUCAGACGCCUUCUCGUCUAUUUUUCGUAAUCGAGUUCGUACGCGGCGGAGAUUUGAUGUUCCAUAUGCAGAGACAACGCCGUCUUCCUGAAGAGCAUGCUCGAUUUUAUGCAGCCGAAAUCAGUCUUGCUUUAAACUUUUUACACGAGAAAGGUAUCAUAUAUAGAGAUUUAAAAUUGGAUAAUGUAUUGCUUGAUCAUGAAGGACACGUAAAAUUAACUGAUUACGGAAUGUGUAAAGAAGGCGUUAGAGAGGGUGACACAACCGCCACAUUUUGUGGCACUCCGAAUUAUAUUGCACCCGAAAUAUUGAGGGGUGAAGAUUAUAGUUUCUCUGUAGAUUGGUGGGCGCUUGGUGUACUUCUGUAUGAAAUGCUUGCAGGUCGUAGCCCGUUCGAUAUCGCGGGCGCAUCAGAAAAUCCAGAUCAAAAUACCGAAGAUUAUCUGUUUCAAGUUAUUUUACAGAAGACAAUUCGUAUACCAAGAUCAUUAUCGGUCAAAGCAGCAUCAGUUCUUAAAAGUUUCCUCUGCAAAGAUCCAAAUGAAAGAUUAGGCUGUGGCAAGAGACCAACUGCUUUUCUUGAUAUUGUUGCCCAUCCCUUCUUCAAAGCCAUAGAUUGGGAAAUGUUGGAGCAAAAACAAGUAACACCGCCAUACAAGCCAAGAUUAGAUUCUGAUCGUGAUUUAGCCAAUUUCCCACCAGAAUUUACAGAUGAACCAGUACAUUUAACACCAGAUGAUCCGAGAGUGAUCGACAAGAUCGAUCAAAGUGAAUUCGAGGGCUUCGAAUAUGUGAACCCGUUACUUAUGUCUUUGGAAGACUGCGUGUGACAAGAACCGCUUGUUAUUGUGCCACGUCACACUCAAAAUCACCAACAAUUACAUUCGUGUUAUAUGUAUGAAUUACAAGAUAAAUUUGCGAAACUCCGAAUCGAUCCCCUUUUAAAUAUCAGCUCAAGAAAUCGAGGUUAUCAUAACAAUGUUUUUUUAAUGACAUAUUCUGAAGAGAAUGAGAACGACAAUAAUUAUAACGAAUAUCGGUUAUCACCACCUUUUCCAUUUCGAUACGAAAAUCCGAUAUGCUCCAGUUCUCUAAGUAUUACAGACGUGACGUACGGCUUUAGCAAUAAUAAUGAGAUCAUUAGUAACUAUGAUGAACACAAUUAUGACGAUGAGAAAGAUGAAAGUCCGAAGAAAGGACUCUUAAAGCAAAUGUUUUGCCUUCCAUUAAAUUAAGCUAAAUAAGGCUUAUUUAAUAUUACGAGAUUGCCUCUAAUCAAUAGUUAAUAUAAAUUUUGUAGAUUGCAAGAGAUUUGUAACCUGCAAUGGUUAAAGUUUACAGAAUCCUUGUAUUAAGUAUUGGACGAAAAAGUAUUUAAUUUGCGCCACAUAUUAUACAUGAAUCGUGUUGAACUCUUCUUUCACAUGGUGCUGCAACUUAAACGUAUUAAUGGGUAUUAUUUCCAGCUAUUUUUAGAAGAGAAAUUAAUUAAAAUGGAAAAUGUACCUGACUGCUUCGAUUAAUCUCGUAGAUAAUAUGUCAUUCCGUUGCGCAGUCGUUCUAUUAAUAUUUACAAGCAUUGUAUGAUCUACUAUAUUGCUUGCAUGAAUGUAUUCACUAAAAACCAUAGCAACAAAAUAUUUCUAACGAACUUAUAUCUAUUUAAAAAAAAUAUUGUAUAUUAUAGAUUAAUUACGUUUGAAAGAAUACUAUACAUAUAGUAUUUUAAAUAUAUAUAUAUAUAGCAAAAAAGUAGGUAUACAGUUUCUAAAAAAAUUAAUUUUGUUUUGUACAUUUUUUUUCUUUUAUAAAUAUAUAUAUGAACAAUUUAAAACUAUGAUAUAUUAGUGAAAAACUUUUAAAAAGAAACUGUUGGUCACAAUGUAUAUUAUAUUAAAAAGAAAAAAAGAAAUUAUAAUCACAUCACAAUAUAGUAUUAUACAUUUUAUCGGAUAUUUUUUUUGUGUCAAGGAUGUGAAAGAUACACAGUAAAUGACUUUGGUAUAAAAAUUUUUCUUAGAAAAAAAAUUAUAUAUCGUAUUUACAAAUUUGUUAGUCUAUUUUUAAUUAUAAAAUAUAUAAAGUACAUGUGCGAAUGUAUAUUUUAUUCGUACUUUAUAAUUUAUUUAAAUUAAAUUAAAAAUAUGAUGUCAUAAAAUGUUAAAAUUGCACAAAAUGAUAAAUAUUUGGUUUUAUUUUAAAUAAUCUUACUUAAUUUCACUAGAUUAAAAUGAAAUUAAUAAUUUUAAUUUCACAAGAUUAAAUUUUCCAGUUUCUAUUAUUAUUUCCAUAUUUUUAAUAGAAAUUACGUAUUGUUUUUAUAAAUCUAUAUUCAUAAUGAUAUAAAAUAAAGGUCUUCCACUGCCAUAUUUUUUUUAUAUUUAUUGCUUUCAUUUAUUACUUUCAUAAAAAGAAUAAAUUCAAUAUGUACUACUAUUUUGUUAACACUUCUUAAAAUACACUUGUAAAAUAUAAUAAACAAGAUUAAAAAUAGAAUAAAAUUAAUUUUUAAUUAUUAUAUAUAUGAUUUGAUUUUGUGCAAUUUUACAUUAUUACUUUAAAUUUUAAAAAUGCUUAAUCAUUUUUUAUUAAUAUAUUGAUUAACUUUUUAUUUUUAAUUUUUUUUUAUUUAUAUAUUAUACCAAAAUUAUUUACUGCUGAUAAUUGUUCGCUCCUGUGAUUAUUAUUAUAUAUAUAAAGAGACAUUAAAAUAUCUUGGAAAAAAUAGAGGAUUAUGAAGAUUUAAUAUAAAAAUUAAGAUAAUCUAAAAGGAAUUUAGAAUAAGGAUACACACGAAAAUGAAAUUACCAAAAUGUUAUAUAAAAAUUUUUCAAAAAUAAUUAAUAAUUUUUCUUAAAUUCAAACAUGCCAGAUAUGUAUACUAUACUAUGCAGAGUGAGACAUUUUGAUUCUUAUAAAUUUCGAUUAAGAUAAUUAAAUUGAAUUAAUUAAAUUAAAAUAAAUUUUAUGUUGAACAAUGUGAAUUGUUCUUAUUUCUAAAAAUAUAAUAUUUAUCUUUUAUUUAGAUUAAAGAAAAUCAUCAUACAUCUAUAACAGAUAUCUACAACAAAAAAAAUUAUAUUAUUUUGUUUUCCUGAAUUUAUUAUAAUGAAAUUAAAUUAUCUCUGCAUCUAAUAUUCUUCUUUCACAAUAUCACCUUUCAUUAUGUUUAUUUUAAGAGAGCAUAUAUUUUAUUAAUAUUAUUUCAAUAUUGCAAAUAUUGUAAUCAGUAUCUUCAUACACAUCAUAUAGAUAUCUAUUUAUUACAUAAUUAAUUAAAAAUCAAUUAUUUAUAAUAUAAUAACGCUUAAUAAGAAUUUUAAUAAUUAAAUAAUUCAGAUUAUUUUUUGUAACAAUUAAAAUAUCUAAUUAAACAAGUGAUUUAUAUAAUUCAAAAAAGAAAAAGAUAUAACAUUAUAAGUAGAUUUUAACUAACAUAACUUAAUGAUAUAUGUAUAUUUUUUUAAUAAAGAAUGCAAUAAUUAGGAAAACACAUCUGUAGAUUUUAACUAUUAAAAUUUUAAUUUUAUAAAUUCUAAUUACUUUAUCACAUAUUUAGUUAUAAAUAUAGAAAAUGAAUAGUUUUAUUUUACUUGAAUAGUUUUUUUUUCUAAAUAGUAUAAAAAUAUAAAUAAAUUUAAAUUUCAUGAUUUUUUGCAUGACUUAUAUUUUUAUAUUAACUUUAUAAUUAUACUUAUUUACCGAAUAUUAAAAUGUAAUUAUAAUAAUUCAGUAAAUUUAAAUUAUUUUUAAUAUGAUUAAUUGUUGAACAGUAGUUAUUUUAACGAAUAUAAUUCCAAAUACAAUUUUAUAAUUAAAUGUAUAAAUAACAAUAUUUUAUUCGUAAAUAAUUUUUUUUAUCAUAAGAAAAUGCAUAUUACUUUAGUAUCUAUUAUAAUAAUAUGUUAAUAAUUAUUAUAAAUUAUAAAUUAUAUAUAUAUAUAUAUCUUAUCGUUAUUUUAUUCUAUUAUUCAAAUUAUUCAAAUUGCUUUUUUUUUAAUAAACUUGAAUGAUUUAACAAAUUUUAUUACUAUUUAUAAUUAUAAAUAUUAUAUAUAAAUAUACUUAUAUUCUUAAUAAUUAAUAAAGUAUUAUUUUAAAAAUAUAUAUUUAUUUGCAAAAAAAUGAAACAUAUCAAUAAAAAUUUUGAAAACCAAAAUUUCUUACAUAUGAAAAUAAAAUGUACAAUGUAUACUUAAAUAUGUUUGCAUAUUAAAAUAAAAUAAAAAUAUAUCUCCAGGUUAAUAUUUUAUGUAAAAUAAAAGCAGAUUUUACGUGUUUAUAUAACUGGUAUUAAUUAUUUUUAUUCAAUAUAUUCAAUUAUAAAUUAAAAUUUUUAAUUAUCAUUUUAUAUUUAAUAUAAUAAUAAAAUAUAACAAUAUAUAACAAUAUAUAAAUGCUAGUUUUAUAAAGAGAAAUAAGAUAUAAUAAUUUAAUAAGCAUUAUUAAAAAUAUAAUUUUAUUGCUUACAUUUUAAGUGCCUCGCCCUGUAUACUAAGUGUAUAUAUAUUUAUGCAUGUAAAUAAUUUAAAAAGAAUAUUGUACUUCAUUAAGUGUUUCAUUUUAAACAUUGUAACUAUUUUGUAAGGUAAUAUUAUUACUUUAUAUUAUUAUUAUUAUUAUUAUUCAAAUUAAUAGCAUUAUUUUCGUUGCAAUUUUGUUGUUGAAACAAAAUUUAAUCAGAGAUAAAAAUUAUUACUUAUUAUUUUUCAUAUUGCAAUUAUUUAUAUUUUAUCUAUAAUUAAUUUUUUAUUAUUCGAUUAAUAUUUUGUUUUACAACAAAAAUUCUUUUUCGUGUGUUAGAAAAUGUUCCAUACGGCAGUUCCAAGAGUUAAAAAAAAAGUAUAUUAAACAAUGAUGGCUUUUGCUGCAAAUAAAGACUAUGAAAAUAAAAUUAUAGAACUAUGUUAUUUAAAUAUUCUAUUGUUAGCGCUCAAAGUGAAAAGAAAAUGCUUGUUAUCAUUUAUAAUAUAUAUAUAUGUAUAUGUAUAUAUGAGAGGAAUUUUACAAUGUAUGCCUUGUUGUUCAAAACUCAGUUUUCUAUCGUGCUAAAAUUAUCUUUGGUCGAAAAACGAGUUUGUAUACUGAUGUAAUUAUUAAUCUGAAUUAAUAACAUUCGAAAAGUAUUUGAUGAUAGAUUAAAAUAUUAAUUGUAUAAUCAGAAUGCAGAUAUUGUGUAAAAGUAAAUUUUGUUUUUGAUAAAGUGAUCAAAUAAUUAGUUAUAUAAUCGAAACUAAAAUGAAAGUUUUGUGUAGUACGCUUUGUUUACAACAAAAAAUAUAAAUAAGUAAAUCAAAUACAAAUAAAUAGAAGUGAAUUAAUUUCUUCGAUUAUUGAAUAUUGAAUGAAUGACUGAUAAAUCAAUUUAAACAAUUCCUUUCAUUUUUAUAACGAUAUUGUAGCGAUAUUUAAUAAUAAUACUAAUAAUUUAUUAACACUUAUUUUAAAUUGUUAUUUGAAAUGUUAUUAUUUAUGACAAUAUCUUAGUAGGAUUUUUAUAAAUUUUAACUUAUAUUAAUAUUAACUUACUUUUCCUAGAGUCUAAAUAUUAUCAUUUAUCCAACAUGCAUAUACUGUAUAAAUAAAUUUUAAUAAUAUAAUUUUAAAUCGUGCGUUGUUAACUCAUGUUAUUCAAGUAAUAUUGAAUAUUUGAGUUUUUAAGAAUUAUGAAUAAAAUAUCUUAAAAAUGGAA